AUGACUUCGAGAAAACGAUCCCCACACGAAUUUAUCUUUAAAGAAGAGCUUGGUCAUGGCUCGUACUCUACUGUUUACAAAGCGCUAGACAAAAAGGAUCUCAAAAAACCAUAUGCCAUCAAAGUGUGUUCAAAGAGGCAUAUAAUCAAAGAAGCCAAGGUGAAGUAUGUCACGAUUGAGAAGAAUACCUUAAACCUUCUGGCUCGUGGGAACCAUCCAGGAAUCGUAAAGCUAUACUAUACCUUCCAUGAUGAAGAAAACUUGUAUUUUGUAUUGGACUAUGCCUCUGGUGGUGAGUUACUGUCAUUGUUACAUAAGAUGGGGACUUUCACGGACAGCUGGGCAAAACACUUUGCAGCACAAUUAGUGGAUACAUUAGAGUUUAUGCAUGCAAGGGGAGUUAUACAUAGAGACUUAAAGCCAGAAAAUGUUCUUUUAAGUAAGGAGGGUAUACUUAUGAUUACAGAUUUUGGUGCAGCAGCAACUCAGAACAAUUUCUCCGAUAAGGAUAAUACCAGAUCAAAUGCGAACGAAGGCAUUCCUAAGGAUGAUGUGCCAUCCUCUGGCGAUAAGACUGAAUGUUCAUCCUUUGUUGGUACUGCAGAAUACGUUUCACCCGAACUACUUCUGUAUAAUAAGUGCAGUUUUGGUUCAGACAUUUGGGCAUUAGGCUGUAUGGUAUAUCAAUUCAUUCAAGGUUUCCCACCAUUCAGAGGCGAAAAUGAACUGAAGACGUUUGAGAAAAUAGUAUCGUUGGAUUAUUCGUGGAACCCAGAACGACAAACCAACUUUGGGACUAUCAACAUUCAAGUGGUAAAUCUAGUAAGGCGAAUGUUGACCAUUGAUACUACUCAGAGAGCUACUAUAGAUCAAAUAAAACGGGAUCCGUGGUUUGCAAAUGUUGACUGGGGUGACAAAAAGAAAUUGUGGAGAGGAAUAUGGCAGAUACAAAAUCAAAUAACUCCUACAAAUGCUUAUAUAUCUCCUUCUAAUAUGCAUACAAAUGUUAGUCACCAAAAUAUACUACAAAACCGCCAACUGCACGUAAUAGACACGCCACUGAGAAAUAUCCCCGUUACUAAACAAAAGAGGAAAAAGCCAGCCAAAGAAUUCAACACCACUAGCAGUAUUGUAGAAUGGAGAAAAAAGUUAGGUAUUGCGUCCUCAUCCACUCACAAUAGCACACAAAGCAUUAGCAACAUUGUCGUGGACUCGUUUAAACCAGAACUACCGACCAACAAAGUUAUAAUAACUAAAGAGAUACCAGUUGGCAAUGUAUCUAUAAAUCAAGUUGGCGCAAAUCUUGAUAGCCAGUCACCAAUACCCACUUCUAUGAAGCUGCAAAAUCAACCCUCUAAUAAGGAAUUAAAUCGUACACCACAAACGAUCCAUCCCAUACCAGCAAUCAACUCACUCAACUCACCAACAUUACCCAAUCCAAAUCCAAAUCCAAUACCUCCGCAUCAAGAUUUAAAAGGAAAAAUAAAUCAUUCUAACGAGCCGGCCAUUGUCUCUGCUAGUCAGUCGAAUUUCGUCAAUCCAGCCCAUAUUGGCCAUAACAGCGCUGUUCGUGAAAUAGCGGAAACUAAAAAAAGAGACCAGCAAAGGAACAUAUCUAACUCAAAUAUGAAUUUAAACUAUACCAACAGUUUGGAAGAAGUGCCUCAAAUGAAUGACGGUGGCCUAUCAAAUGGAGUUCAAGAUGAAAAUAGAUCCAGACAAAGCAGUACUUCUAACGUUGAAGCUAGCCAGUCCACUAUGAGGAUAGCAUGUGAUAUGCCUAAUGGUGAUAGCAAACUCAAAAACCAAUCAUCUCAAGUUGAGAGAGAAGAAACCAUUAAAAAACCUUUGAAAAUAACACCAGGCUUAGAGAUCUUGAAACAAGAUUUUGUUUACGUCAAAACAAUUAGCUAUGAUGCUGCUGGACCAGACAUGGCUAUUAACUCUUAUAAAACAAUCAACGAUGAUCUGAUCACAUCAUUAGUUGCAAAACACAAGAGUUCUUUAAGACCAAUAAACAUAUUUCCACAACUUCUUGUUUUAUACAAGGAUGGAUCUCUGGCUUAUAAAGAAGUGAAUACAGAAUCUAGGAAAGGUGAAAAAGCUCUGAAUCCUAUGGUCAACCUGGGUGACGUGAACCUUUCUAUGUAUGAUUUCGAGUUUGAUGAAUCUUUGCGAAGGGGUUUUUUAAUACUGGAGAAAUAUAAAUACAAAUUAUGGUUUAUCUCAUUACCAUCAUAUUCAUUGCUUGCAACAUUCCCAAGAGAACUGACUACGAGAUUAUUAAUAAAUAACAAUGAGAAAUGGAUUGACAGUUUUUUCCGUACAAGGAAAAUCAUUGAGAAUGGAUUUGAUAUAGAUAAAAAAAUAGAAGGUCUAGAUAUUAAGGAGAAAAAGGAAACACCAGCUGGUAAACCCAAGGACGAGCUAAUUUCACCAACAACCGAAAAGAAUGGCAGUCUACCGCCUAAAAAGGCAGAUUCGAUAAAAUCAAAGAAAUCCAUUUCAAGUUCUUUGAAUUCUUCCACACCACCUGUUCUUAAAAAGAAGCAGGCAACUGACGUAAAGGAAAAACCCUUAAGUAAAGAAUCCAUGAAUUCAAGUACGACAAAAACGAAAAAACCCAUUAAACCUAAACUUCGCCAACCUCCUCAUAUCAAUACAGGCCACAGUUCUUUAGUUAAUACUACGAACUCCGGUAGAAAACGAUCCGUAUCGAGCACACCAAGCACACCUCAAUCUCCAGUUCCGAACAUGAAAGUCCCUCCCAGACCAGGCUCAGUAAGCCAUGGUUCUCCUAUUCAAUAUUCACCUUCAGCAUUCAGCCCAAAACCAGGAGCUAAUUCUGAGAAAAUUCAUGUUAGUAGCAGCAGAUAUGAAGUGAUUCAAAGUAUCAAAAACAAUGGUAAUCUCAUUGAUAGAAACCAAGCAAGUAGUGGAGCAUCCGCGGCAUUUAGAAGUUUGCAGAAACGCUAA